AUGUCCCCCCUCCUACUGAGGAAAAUGAAGGCAGUGUGGGACUCUUCCCCUGGUGGCCACGAUACGGUUAUGCUCUGGGCGGCUUGUUGCCUGGCCUUCUUUGGUUUUCUUCGUAUCGGGGAAAUGUCUGUACCCAGUGACGAUAAAUUUGACCCGUCGUGUCACUUGAUCGUCAGCGACAUAGCGAUUGACAACCCUAAGCUACCCACGGUGGUCCGGGUCACCAUCAAGCAAUCCAAAACAGACCCUUUUCGACGAGGCGUUGAUUUAUUUCUGGGUAAAACGGACUCUGAUUUGUGCCCAGUGCAGGCAAUACUGUCAUAUCUGCGGCUUCGGAGUCGGGCAGAAGGCUCCCUGUUCAAGUUUAAGGAUGGUCGUAUGCUGACCCGGUUACGGUUUGUAGAAGCCAUCCGGGCUGCUCUGUCGGCAGCAGGAGUAGAUGAGUCCAAGUACAACGGCCAUAGCUUCCGCAUUGGAGCGGCUACCACAGCAGCGGCUAAAGGUUUUGAGGAUUCGGCUAUCAAAACGCUGGGAAGAUGGCGGAGUGUGGCCUAUUUGGACUACAUAAGGACACCUAGAAAUCAUAUUCCUACCUCGUGUAUUCUACCGUGUCUUCAGGCUCGAACUGCUGUCGAUAUCAUCCCACCCACCCUCUCCGUCUUUAUGAGGCUUGCCUUUAAGGCAUGCCUUGUGGAGACGUGA